AUGAUUCGAUUUUAUUUAAUUGUACGCACGUACAUGGUCAAUUCCAAGAUAAUGACACUAUUAGAAAAUGUCAAUAAUGAAUAUUUCAUUGAAACAAAUAAACAAAAUCAUGUUCAUCCUACUGAUAAUAAUAAUAAUAAUCAAUUCAUAAAAGAUUAUCAAUUUAACCUUAAUGAUUAUUCUUCAUUAAUUGAUUAUCAAAAUGAUGUUCUACAAUUAGCUAGUUAUUAUGAACAAAUAUUGAAAAGAUAUGGGAAAAUAGAACUGGAAGCAUUAGCCUAUAGAAUAUCAGCUGCAUGUCAUUCAUGUGAAAGCCCAAACAAGUUGAAUUCAAUCAAUUUCAAUAGUCCUACAAAAUUUCGUUCAAAAAAUGAUAUCUCUUAUGAUUGUCCAUACAAUACUGAAACAUUCGUAGCUUCAUUUCAUCCACCUAUAACUUACCAUUUGGAGGUGCAGUUAACUAGUUCCAAAUCAAUUUACUUCAAUCAAUUACCAAGUCAACCAAUUAAUUGCCUACCAAAUGUUAAUCAUCAUUUAAAUUCGUCAUUUAUGAAUAGAUUAUCAUGUAAAGUAUUUGUAGGUGGUGUGCCAAUGCGUGGAAACCAAGUGACUACAUGGACAAGAGAUCAGUUACAUAAGGGAUUAUCUAUUUUCGGCCCACUUAGUUUAAUAUGGCCGAAAGGUACCAUUAUGAUACCAUCUGUCAUAGACGGAAAUAAUUAUAACCAAGCAUUAUGUGAAUCAUUAUUGAGAACCGGUUUGAAACGAGGUUAUUGUUAUGCAGUGUUCAAUGAUCAAAGAAGUGUAACAUUGUUAUUAUCAAUGUGUUAUCGUCGUACCAAAGGUUUCUAUAUCAAUCUUUCAACAUUAUAUCCUGACUUAGAAAAAACUCGAUUCGAUUCUUUACAAAUUAUUCCAUGGGAUAAACAAGAUUCAUUUUAUCCAUUUAUCUGUAAUCGAAACAGUGAAAACAUAAAUUUUCAAUCUGAAGAAGGAAGAACGGAAAUUGAAACCCGAACAAAAGUUUACUCCAUAUUCGUUGGCGCACUUCAUGGAAUGAUUACAGCACGAGCUUUAUUUACUAUUUUCAAUGACCUCUUUGGUAAUGUUAGUUACGCUGCGUUGGAUACAGAUAAAUAUCACUAUCCGAUAGGAUCAGGACGUGUAGCUUUUAAUUCACCACAAGGUUAUUUGGCUGCUAUAACAACAAAUUUUAUUUGUAUUGAAUGUCAGUUGUUCAGUAAGGUGAUACAAAUUGAUCCAUAUUUAGAAGAUGCUAUCUGUUCCAAAUGUUACUCAGCACCUGGAAUUUAUUUUUGUCGUCAUUUAAAAUGUUUCGAUUAUUUCUGUCCUAAAUGUUGGAUUAAUUAUCAUGGUUCAUCAAAUACAACACAUAAACCAUUAAGACGUACAUUAAGUCCUAAUUCAUUAAAAUUUCCUAAACAUUUUUAA